AUGACUUCUUCGGAUUCAAUGUUUUUAUUUGAGCUUAUCGUUGAAAAAUUUAGAUGCUUCGUCGAUUGUGGACUAGUAACUUUAAAAGCAGACUUCAAGGAUGUCUUUGAAAUAUCCUUGAAUAAUCCGCAAGAUAAAUCAGCCAAUUUAAUAAAAAAGAAACUUAAAGGAAACACAAAAAUACGUGGCGUCAAAUGCACAUCAUCUUCGCACAAAGUAUCUGCAACUAAAAUAAAAACAGGCCAAUCUCUAUUAAUAACGAUAGCCACACAAGAAUUACUGCAGGGUAUGCAUAAUAAUAAAUUGGACUUAUCAUUAUGGAAUAAAAGUUUAACACAAAAGUUCGGAUCUGUGAAGGUACCGUGGGAUGAAACAUAUAUAAACUAUUUAUCAAACAUAGAAAAAGUUCAUAAGUUACUUCCUGUUAGUGUUCGAAGUCUAAAUAAUAUAUACGAUGAAGCAUCACACAAGAAAGUAGCAACGGUGAAACUAAAUAUUAAAUUAACGUAUUUUGGUGAUAAGACAUUUCGUGUGGCGCCCAUCACGUUUGCCAGUAACACUGCAAUUAAACGAACAUUGAGUAAGCAGAUUAAUAGAGCGAACAAACAUUUUGACGGAAAUCACGGGAAAAUUAAAACGACGUACAGUGGUAAUAAAACAAUCAAGAAGAAUACGAAAUCAAAAAGUAAUUCCAGGCACAAAACUGCUAUUAUAAAAGAACCAACUUUACGAGAAGACAAAGUAGAAAAGCCGUUAGUAAGAGCAGUAUCUAUAGAAAAAGAAAAAGUAAUAUGUACAGAAUGUAAAAAUUUUGAACAUACAAUAUUACUAACAAAGUCGAAAUCUUAUUCCGUCAUUGAAAAAAAGUGUCACAAACCCGCAAAAUACAUAUUUGGUGAUCCAAAUGCUGUAUUUGGAAAUCAAGUCUAUUGCGUUAAUUAUUGCACUGUAGAGAAAGAUUCGUCAAAUCCAACGUCCAAAUCCUCUAUCAAAAAUUCUGACAAGUCAAAUCCUUCACAAGCUAAAUUUAAAUUUAAACCUUGCGAUAGUGAGUGUCAAGUUAUGAAGAAUAGAUCAGGGUCUUGCCCUGCGAGUACGUGCACUUUAGAUUUGCCUGAAGAAGCUGCUCCACUUAUUAGUAUUGCCAAGUGUAAGCAGAUCGAAUGUGAUCAUAAAAAGCAUAGGGUUCUACCACCAGCAACAGACGAUCGCAUUCUUCUCGAUUUGUCAAGUAUGCAAAAUGAUUGCUGUGUCCAACAGGAAAUAACUGAAACAGUUGAAGAAGUUGUAGGUGGCGUUACGGCUAAGAUGAAAGUCGGUGCGGAACCCUGCUUCUGUUCUUGCGAAUGCACGUUCGGUUUUACUAAAAAGACCACAUUUUGUAAAGUAUGUGGUGGAUACGAAAAGGUUGGUGAAGAAUCAUCAGGUAAAAAGAUUAAAGAAAUCUUUCCAUGUCCAUAUUAUCACAAACUUAUUGAUAAGAAUAAACUGAAAACGUUAAGCACGUCUGGAAGCGAGAGUAAAAGGAAGGGCGACGAUGUAAGCGUAAAAGCGAUGAAAGUGACUUCAAGUCAAAAAGCGGUGACCUCCGAGAAACGUCCUACUUCAGCUCCUGUAUCCGAAAAGAAAAGCGUUGAAUCCGAAAAAGAUUCGAAAAAAAGUAAGAAGAAAAAGAAAGACGAUAGAUUUAAAUUCAAUUAUGGUUAUAAAGCCCCUCAGAUUGGACACAGUAGAUGUGCAUUUCCCUGCACUGGAACGCUGAAUAAUGUGCCAAAGAAAAUGGGUUGGCUUUGGACUGCUGAAGACAUCCCAGGCGUGAAGUUUCGCCCUGGUUGGAAACCAGGUGCAACUAAUAAACACGUUGUACGGCUACUUAGAAUCGCGCGCAAUCCUGGUGAAGUACUAAUGCCUAAAAAGAGAAGAAGAGAAGUUGCAAAGAAACCUUUAAUUCGUCCACUUUUAAUUGUUCAUAAGAAGGAUGGCGAGUUUACAGUAACAAUGGAAACCAUGAAGACAUUUACCAAACCGAGAACUAUAAAUCAACAUCCUUAUGAAGAUAAACCUGUGCUCACAUAUACAAUAGGCAGAACAGAAGAAGAAAAUAAAGUAAGACAGAAGAAAAAAGAACGUGAACAAAGGAGGCUAGAGAGAGACCAACGACAAUUUAUUCAAAGUGCGUUUAGAGACAUGUGUCGCGAGAUUUGCUUGAAGACAUAUCAGCAGGCCUUGGGAAUUUUACCUGAUGCUGAAGAUCCUGAAUGUACUUGUUAUCCAGCUCUGCCAACAGCUGAUAGAACCAAUUUAAAUCUAUCUUGCUCAUGUUCGGAAGAAAGUGGAUCCAUUGGAUCUGACACAGACUCUGAUGAAUGGAUCGUUGAAUUCACACCACCGUGCGCUACGUUCAAACCAACUUUUAAAGCUAAAAAGAUUCUUAUAGUAGAUAAUAGUACCCAGUACACUUAUUUAGACUAUAGAGUAAAAUUAAUUGACAGAUUUGGUAACCCAGUACCCAGGUUUUUUAAGGGUCCAGAUGGUAGACAACAAUGUAGUGAUUUAGGUGGCUUCUGGAGUCCUGAUAAAAAGUGGCAAACGAUUAAUGUCGACGGUUAUAUAGCACCGGAUGGUCGGUGGGCUCCUAAUUUCUUUAUUGGGCCUAGUGGUGAAACCGUGGAGGGUGCAGCAGGGAAAUUUCAGACAACAAACAAUAAAUGGCUGAUCGUCGGUAUAGACGGAUACGUCGACACUCAAGGGAGAUGGAAAUUUUAUCCGAAACCAAAAGGUGUGCCAUCACAGAGGAAACGCCCGGAUACCGAGAAAAAAGGUGCAGGAGCGGGUGACAAGAAAGAAGAUAUGGCUGCUUAUAAAUCUGAAGCAAGUUGGAGUUGUUUUGGGGGUGCUUCUGCGAAGGAACUGUCACAACUGGGAAUAAUAGGCCACGGUCACGAUAAGAAAUUACUACUCUCAACAUUGAAGGACAUGCUUGCACACGGUGAGAGCGUAAAGAUACCACAACCGUCUACCAUUUUCCGCUUGCCACCUUCUAAGAAACGACAACGGCAAAUACCGCAAGCCAAACGUUCUAGAAGUUAUUAUGAAGAACGUACAAAGUGUAGACAUUCACCUCCAUCGGAUAAAGGUAUUAUAGCUGUAGACGACGAGGGGAAUAAGACAUAUUUCCGAUUAAAAGAUUAUAGGAAUGUAAGACCAAAGGAGAGAUUAAAAGAUCUGGCUAAACGGGGUAUAAGUUUAAGUUCUUUCCACGUUCCUUGUUUCCAUUCGUUUAUUAAUGCAGAAAUCAUGAAGAAACAACAGCAAGCAAGACUUCUCUUAUUAACAGCUAAGAGUGUGGCGACGCAGAAAUUUUGA